CUAAGUAGAGAGUAAUGUUUACCCAUUUUCACUUUUAUGUAUCGAAAAACACGCACAAACUUGGUCAUCGUUCACAUCCAUGCAUUUCUACACAGCUAAUUAUUACAUUGCUUAGACAGUCUUUAUCACUGUCUUUACCAUCCUUAUAUCGUACCAGAACCCGCGAGAUUAUUAACUCCUUUUCUUACAAUGUUCAUAGCAAACACAAAAAUCCCAUUUCACCCAUCUAUUCAUAUCCUCGUAUCUCCAAAACUCACAAUUUAUACGCACUUCAGUCAUCUCAUAUUUCCACUUUUUAUCAAGCGUUUGAUAAAAUGUCGCAAAGAAAUCAACAUUAUCAAGACAUCAACUUUCACUUUGUUCUUCAUCUUCUCAAACCUUCCAAUGCAACACCUUAUAUCUUAACUGUCAUAACUGUCCAUUGCUUAGCUCUCAAGUUAGGUUUUCUUCCCCACUUGCCGAUAUCCACCUCUCUGCUUACAGCUUACUCUAGAGCUGGUGAUUUUUGCUCUUCGUGGGUUUCGUUUAAUGAAACUUGUUACAGGGAUGUGAUCAUUUGGAAUGCUAUGAUCUCUGCCUGUACUGAGAAUCGUUGUUUUAAUAUGGCAUUGGAUUUAUUUGUGGAGAUGAUUAAAGAGGGACCUGGGUUUGAUUCCACAACUCUUUUGAUUGUGGUUUCGACACUAUCCCACAUGAAAUCCUUGAAACAAGGAAAGAUUUUUCAUAGUUUAAGCAUAAAGAGUGGGAUGCUUUCAGAUUCUAGUCUCUGCAAUGCACUUGUGGACAUGUACGCAAAAUGUGGUGACCUGAAUUCUUCAGAGUGUAUGUUUGCUGGGAUGGAUUGUAGAGAUAUUGUGUCUUGGAAUACAAUAAUGAGUGGUUGUCUUAGUAAUGAUCAUCCUGAGGAGUCCUUGUUCUACUUUAAGGAAAUGAGUUGCUCUAGAGAACGUGCCGAUUAUGUGAGUUUGUCGUCUGCUAUUGCAGUAUGUGCCUGUCUUGGUGUGUUCACUCACGGUCAAGUUAUUCAUGGGUGGGUCAUUAAGUUGGGUUAUGAGGAAGGCUCUUAUGUUUCUGUUGCCAAUUCUCUCAUUUCAUUAUAUUCACAGUGUGGAGAUAUUGAGGCUGCAGAGACAGUGUUUCGGGAUAUGCAACAUAAGGAUAUUGUUUCAUGGAAUGCAAUCAUUAAUGGGUUUACUUCAAAUGGAAAGAUCAAAGAAGCAUUUGAUCUUCUGAAUGAAAUGCAGUUGAUGGGGUCUGUUCAACCUGAUGUAGCUACUGUAGUUACUAUAAUGUCGCUUUGUGCUGAAUUUAUGCUUUUGAGAGAAGGAAGAAGUGUACAUGGAUAUGCAAUGCGUAGACUAAUGGGAUAUGAUGUAAUUGUGAUGAACAGCCUUAUUAACUUUUACUCAAAAUGCAGCUGUGUAGCGAAGGCCGAGCUGCUGUUCAGUACCAUUUCCGUAAAAGAUUUGGUAUCAUGGAACACAAUGAUCUCUGGGUAUAUCCAAAAUGGAGAUUCGAAAAAGGCUCAGAGCCUGUUUAAGGAAAUGCUCUAUUUCUCUUCACAGUUCAGCACGUCAACUCUAUUUGCUAUUCUUCCUUCUUGCAAUUCCCUUGAAUCCCUGGAGUUUGGUAGAUCAAUUCAUUGUUGGCAGUUAAAGGUGGGGUUUUCAAACAAUAAUAAUGCAGUUAAUCCCCUCAUGGACAUGUACAUUAAUUGUGGAGACUUGAUGGCCGCUUUUGCUUUGCUGCAAAGAAUUUCACUUGUAGGAGAUACUGUUUGUUGGAAUACUGUAAUUGUUGCCUGCAUGAGAAAUCGCCAUUUUCGAGUAGCCUUUGAAACUUUCAACACGAUGAGGCAGCAAGGAAAUAUCAGCCAUGAUUCAGUUACCCUUGUCAAUGUCAUAUUAGCUUGCGGAAUGCUUGAGCUGGCCUCCCAAGGGAAAUCUCUUCAUGGUCUUGCUCUUAAGUCUUUGAUGGGAUCAGAUACCCGCGUACUGAAUGUAUUAAUCACAAUGUAUAGCAGAUGCAGGGAUAUUGAGAGUGCUAGACUGGUGUUCAGUUUGAGUUCCAAUCGUAAUCUAUGUUCUUGGAAUUGCAUGAUCUCUGCUUUUUCUCAGAAUAAGGCUGAAAUAAGAGCGCUUGAAUUGUUUCGCUCUCUUGAGUUCAAACCCGAUGAGAUCACAAUUGUUAGCAUUCUCUCGGCUUGCACUCAACUUGGAGUUCUAAGACAUGGAAGGGAAAUUCAUGGACGUGUAUCUCGCAUGUGUUUUCAAGAGAACUCUUUUAUAUCUGCAGCUCUUCUGGAUAUGUACAGCAAUUGUGGAAGAUUGGACAUUGCUUGCAAAGUCUUUGAAAAUUCAAGGGAAAAAUCAAAUGCAGCAUGGAAUUCUAUGAUUUCUGCAUAUGGUUACCAUAGUAAAGGUAGAAAAGCAAUUGAAGUGUUUCGUGAAAUGUGCAACUCUGGAAUGAAACCAACCAAAAGCACAUUCAUCAGCCUAUUAUCAGCUUGCAGUCACACAGGCCUGGUGAAUGAAGGUCUAUGGUAUUACAACAAUAUGCAGGAAUAUGAAGUAGAACCUGUAACUGAGCAUCAUGUAUACAUGGUUGAAAUGCUGGGUCGAUCAGGAAAAAUCCAUGAAGCAUACGAGUUCAUAAAGAAUAUGCCAAACCAACCUAAAUCUGGUGUUUGGGGAGCCAUGCUAAGUGCUUGCAACUAUCAUGGAGACGUAGAGAUGGGGAAAAAGGUAGCAAAAAUUCUCUUUGAUUUGGAGCCUAAAAAUGUAGGAUACUACAUUUCGUUGGCGAAUAUGUGUGUUGCUUCAGGACUAUGGAAAGAUGCAGUGGAGAUAAGGGAAAUAAUUCAGGUCAAAAAAUUAAGAAAAACAACAGGUUACAGUCUCAUUGAUGCUGGUUAAACAAGUUAGUCGGAUAUACUAGCAAACUCUGUAAUUUUUUGUUUGUUUUACAAUCCACAAUUGAUUUUUCUUUUUCUCAAUACAUAAAUAUCAAAUGAUUAACUUAAA